GCGCAGCCGGGAAGGAGGGAGGAGCGGGCGGCCGGGCGCAGCCAAUUCGGGCGACUCGUCCAUUUUUCGGCGUGAGUCAGGCUGCUGCGUGCGGGACUCCUCCGGGCAGCGGAAGGGGAGAACUGCCCGUGCCCCGAGCGGAGCUGCCCGCUUCUCACGGAGCCUGGCAAGGAAGGGCUGCAGCUGGAGCCUCUUGGCGAUCCCUGCUUCGUCAGCCAGCAGUGCUUUGAUUCCGACUUGCUCCUACCUGCUCCUGGAGAAAAGGAACCGUCCCGCCAUGUCUCGCUACAGCCUCCACAACCUCAUGGACUGGAUGUAUGGCGGGGUGGACCCCAGCUUUGCCGGCAAUGGAGGGCCGGAAUGCGCCGCCUUUCUUUCCGGCCAGCAGCGCUUGCUGGAGAGUUUGGUCUUCCUCAGUGUGGGCACCGUGGAGAUCCUCGUGUCCCUGUGGAAGCUCAGGCAGCAGCAUGCCCGGGAGCUGGAGACUCUGCUGCAGCAGCCCCAGACUAAGCAGGAGAGCCUGGGCAAGAACGUGCUGCUGGUGCUGCUCUGCCUCAUCUUUGGGCUGGAGGUGGGCUUCAAGUUUGCCACCAGGACUGUCAUUUACCUCCUGAAUCCCUGCCACCUGGUAACCGUGAUGCAGAUUUUUCUUCUUGCCUGUCCCCCAUGUCAGACUGCAAUGAUUCUCUUCAGGUUGCAGAUGCAUAUGCUGAAUGGGGCCCUCUUAGCAUUGCUGUUUCCUGUUGUUAAUACACGCCUGCUUCCAUUUGAAACAGAGAUUUAUUACAUCCAGCAUGUGAUGCUCUAUGUUGUGCCCAUCUAUCUGCUGCAGAAAGGAGGUGUCUACACCCCUGAACCGCUCUGCAAUUUCUGGUGGGCUCUUCUAUCCACGGGGUUUAUGUUUGUGUAUCAUUUUAGCAUCUUGCAGAUCCUGGGAUUGGUUACAGAAGUGAAUUUAAACAACAUGCUGUGCCCAGCCAUCUCAGAUCCUUUUUAUGGGCCCUGGUACCGAAUCUGGGCAUCUGGACAUCAGACUGUCAUGACCAUGACCCAUGGGAAGCUCAUAAUCCUGCUGUUUCAGAGUGCUGUCCCCACCUUCAAAUGGAGCAUGGACUUGCUUAGACUCCCAGCUAAGAAAAUAGACUGAAAUUUCUCCCCACAGAGCAGUUAAUACAGGAAGCAGAGAUACACUGGAAAACAGAGGGGGGAUGAGAGGACAAUGGCUUUAUACUUCUUCCCUCGGUUUUUUGCCUCAAAACCAACUCUGUAAUGAAGUGAUGGGGUUUUUAUACCUGCUGUUUCUCACUGCCUAUUGCCAAUGGCAAAAUUUGUGGCCUUAUUCUGGGGAAGGUUUCUGUUUUAUACAUUUUGUAUAGAUUACAGUAGAAUCUUGCUAAACCACCAUUUAAAAUUAGGCCAGCAAAGACAGUGGCAGUGCUACCUCGUUUUGAUUUAUUUUCUGUUAAAGAAUAUUACAUUUCUAGGAUAGGAAAAAAAUGCUGAAUUGUAGCACUCCACUGAUGUGAAUCAACAUGCUGAACUGCAUCAUUGUGGCUUAAUUCUUAAAGCUUGAAUGUUCCAAAAUGGUCACAGGAAACUGCAUACUUAAUCUUCCUGCCAGAAGUGCAAAACAGUGAGGUUCUACUGUAUUUUCUUUAAGGUGGUUGAAAAUGUUGGGGAAUAAUAACUCAUUAAAAAAAAUCAAUCAACUACUUAAUUUCUAAGUUGUAGUACCUAGCUAGUGAAGUCCCAUCAUUAUGUUUUAGAGAUACUUUUAUUUUGGUGAGGGGAAAAAAGGAAUGUUGAAAUAAUUUCAAAAGCCCAUGUUAUAUAUAGGCCAUAAUAAGAUAUUGCAUCUACUGUUCUGUCCUGACUUUGAACAAAACAGUUUUUUUCAUUUUCUGCUUAGACUGGAGAAGGAGUGGAGAUACAAAGUCCAAUGUAAAUAUCAAGGCUUUUUUAUACUUAGUAGCUUUUGAAACAUUCCUGCUCUGCCUAUACUGACCCUCAUUCACCAGACUGGUUGGUGGAGAAACCAAAUUAAAUUCUGCUCCCUCCCCUCUACAGUUCUGCUAUAUCAUGUGUACUGAUUUUAAAAUACAGGUAUAAAAAGGAAUGUCAAAUCAGUGUAGGCCUCUACAGCAAGGAACAUUUUCCAGUUUAGUAGCAUGGCCCAUCAUGUCUUUUGAAGAACCAGGAUGUAGAUGGGUAGAAUGAUCAACUGUGUGUACCUGCUCAAAUUUUACAGGAGGAGAAACCAUUGGGCAGAAAGAUGGAAAUCCUGACUGUGUUCUUCUGGAAUUGUGAGUCUGUUAUGCAGACUGUUGUGUUUCAGGGCUGCAGGUUUUUGUUAUACAGAAGUUUGUGGGAAUUUAAUAGAUUCAUUGUGCUGUCAAAGCUGUGACUUGUAAGAUAAACCAGGACCAUCAUACCUCCUCUAGCUAGAUCACCUGAAGGUAUGUGCUGAAGUAAAGGUACAGACGUUUACACCUGAGGAAGCAAAAGUAAGUUGACUUUUUUUUUUUUUUCUUUAAAAAAGAAAAAAUUUCUUUGGUGAGGGAGCAAACUAUUCAAGUAUUUCUACUCCAUAUGUUUUAAAAAAGUACACCUCAAUCAGAUAUACAUUGUCCCAUAUUCUGAUUUACAGGCUGGUUUCUGGCUUUCUUUCAUGCCUUGCUUAUGUGUGUGUGUAUAUAUAUAUAUAUAUAGAUAUAUAUAUACACACACAAAAAAUAUACUGUAUGCUCACAACGUGAGAAUAUGCACCAUGUACCUAAACUAUCCCUCAGGCAUAUACAGCUGGUGUUACUAUUACAAUAGAAGGACUUCAGACAAAUUUUGCAAAUACUAUUUAGCAUUAUUAUUUGCUUAACUUAAGGUUUUGGGUUCCUUUUUUUAAAAAUAGCCAUUUUUUAAAAGCAUCUUCCCUUUUUUUUUUCCCCAUCAUAGUAUUGUAGUUACUGGAACCACUUCUCUAAGUAGGAGUCCUUUCUUUUUCCCUUUUUUAAAUUACAGCAUUUCCUAUCUGUAAUCAUCUGCUUCAGGGCAUUCCAAACAAGUAUAAAGCAGCUGCUGUUUGCCACCAUUGACUGCCUCUGGUCAAUUAAAUGAGCUCAGGUGUCUCUCAGUGCAAGGUCUUUGCUUGGAAAGCAGAAUUUGCAAGCUCUUCUGGCUAACUUAAAAUUCAGUAGCAGGAAUAUGAACAGAGCUGAUAGGGCCAUCCCUGGGCAGUGGAAAGGAACUCCUGGUACAGAACUGCUGGGAGUGAUUGCCCCUGCCCUCCCUCCCUGGCUGGUCACCUGUGCUUUUCCCUCUUAUGCUGCUCCAGUUGUUUUGAGUCACACAGAAAUUCAAGGUGUAAUUUCACCACAUGGAGUUUGCUGAUGGAGCCCUGAUGGGGCAUUUGUACUGUCCUUUUAAACCUUAUGUGGGCACAUUCUGGAGCUUGUUGAAUCUGUCGUAUCAAUUUAAGCUGCGAAAAUGUCUCACUGAACAGGCAGAAAAGUAGAGAGGUACCAACUAGUGCCCUCAGUAAGGAUUUUAGAAGUACUGGAGCUGCAGUGAAGGAAUCAAAUGAUGCAGCUGAAGUCAGGUGGGAAUGCAGGCAGUGCAACCUCCACAUUUUUAACACAAGCUGUUGCUUUUUUGUUGUGCAGUAUUUGUGAGGCUGGUUGAGUUAGAACAGAAUCAUUUAGGUUGGAGAAAACCCAUGAGUUCAUCAAGCCAAGCAUUAACCCAGCGCUGCCAAGCCCACCACUAACCCUUAUCCCCAAGUGCCACACCUACAUGUCUUUUAAAUCUCUCCAGGGUUGGUGACUCCACCACUUCCCUGGGCAGCCUGUUCAAGGCUUGAUAACCCUUCUGGUGAAGAGAUUUUUACUAACAUCCAAUUUAAAGGUGCUACUUGAAGCUGUUUCCUCUUGUCAUGUUACUUAUUUCCUGGGAGAAGAGGCUGACCCCCAUCCUCCUUUCAGGCAGUUGCAGAGUGACAAGGUCCACCCUGAACCUCCUCUUCCCCAGGCUAAACACGUUCAGCCAUUCCUUUGAUGUGUGCUCCAGACCUUUCCCCAGCUCUAAUGCUUUGCUUUGGAUCUGCUCCAGAGCCUCAAUCUUUCCUGUGACAGGCCCAAAACUUAAAAUUUUUUCUUCCUUCCUCAUGCCCUUCUUUGAAGGCUUUUAGGAACUUCAUGUUGAUUUAUGGUGACCCCACCACUCAAAACUGCAUCAGUGUAGCUGAGACAGGCUCCACAGAAGUGGAAGGACAGGCCAGAAUGGGAGCAGAAAAGGAAAAAACUUGUGAAGCAAUUGUUACGGAACUUCACAUCCUUCAUUACUCACCUAUCUCUGGUAUCUGCUGGGAAUGUGCAUGAGCCAGAGCUUGCUAUAUAUGCAGGAAAUGGGAAAGCAGAGUACUUAAUCUCUAUAGCAGUUACUUGUUGUUUUUCCUGGCAGAGGCUGAUUUUUCUUUUCCAUAAAUGGUUUGUUUUACAGGCAGUUACACUAUACAGAUUUCUUUGGUUGCUUUAUGCAGGAAAUGAAAGCACAGAACUCCACUGCUGUUCCUGGGAGGUGACUGCAUUCUCUCCUGGGGUGUCACACACUCAGUCCAUGUCAAAACAUCUUGAAGCUGUUGUCCAGUACGUGGGGAUGAGAUUUUACAGUGCUGCAGUGCAAUGCACAAGUGAAAGGGUUGUCGUGGGUCUCCUGGUCAAAUGUGCCCAAAUGGGUCAUGGCACUGGGAAUUUCAGCAGCAGUGGCAGUAACUGUGGGACAGAGCAGGAGUGGGGCUGCAGAGCCCAACCCACUGUUCCCAGCAGCUGAAGUAGAGUGUAAAAUCUCACCCCAGAGUGGCUUCAUUUGCUGGCCAGAAUACCAAAAAAAAUCUUGUGCAGUGUCACUGCCUGGCUUUUAGAGAUGGUGGCAUGGGUUAAGGGGUCUGAACAGAGCCCUCCAAAUGGUAGUGUUGUAGGCAUUUCAAAAGAAACAAAGAGUUAAGCAAACUCAUUACUUCAGCUACCACUGGCUGCAUUUCCUUCCAAGUGCACCCACAAAUGAAGCAUUAAUAGCUAUAAUAAACCUGUUUACUGAUGGGUUUGUUUAUGGAGCCUUGAAGUAAGUAGCCCUCCAAAGCAGAGGUAAGCCAAUAACAUUUCUGCCCCCACCACCUUGUGCCAUGGCUUCAGCUGCCCAGGAUGCCUGCAGUGCUAUUUUUCCAGGGAUUCAGACACUGUACAAUGCCUGAGCUGGAUCUAUUUCUUUACCUUCUUUUAAGCACCUUAGGAGGAUUUGCAUCUUGUUUCUUUUGAAGGGUGCAAACAAAUAGCUCUUACCCAUGUGUUAUAAAUCAACGAAAAACCACAGUCUAUGAACAUGUACCUGGAGCUGGUUUUGGUUCAGUUUCUUAGUUCAAAGAUGCUGCCCAUAAGCAAAACUUAAAUGUGCUUGAGCAGCUGCUGCCUUGGUGAGCCAGGGAAACAGGAACAGUCCAUUUGCAGUCCAGUCAAACCCUGAGGUCAGAGAGUACCUAAUUGCAGGUUUCUGUUUCUGGCCACUGAGUUGUGAUAUUUCUGUGUAUUUGAGAUAAUUUUAUAAAAUUCAAUUGUAUUUUUCAGAAAUGGCUAUUUGCAUCUGUUAACUAACUGUACUUUUAUGUCUAAGUCUUGCACAUGGAUCCAUGCAUCCAUAGCUAAUGGAAAAUAAGAGUUGUGGUGUUUUCUUCAGUGUUGCAAUUGUUUCAUUCUAGGCGGAUUAGGAAUCAAAUUUGUCCUUAAGAGUUAACAAAGCUCUGAAAAAGCCAAAACCGAGGAAGAGGAUGUAUGUCAGCCCUGGUGGAAGGUUUCUGCAGGCAGACAGGUCAGCUUUGGUGUUUUCAGUUCUACAGUGACAGGACUCAUAACAAAUCUGUUGAUUUUUGUGAUCUAGUACUUCAAGUGAUAUUGCUGUAAAUAUCUCUUGCAGCUGUUGGUGUAACUUAGUCAAAGCCAAGCUGUUUUAUAAAUAAUUUUAUUUUUCUUCAGGGUCAGUUUUGUACUUUUAAAAACUAUUUAUGCAUUUCCUGAGUCAUUAUUCCAAUGCUGCAGAGGACACAGCAGGCAGAGCAGUGAGCACAUCCCACUGUCCCCAACCACACUGUGCCAGGGGCUGGGCUGGAGCACUGGGGAGCUGCAGAACCUGCAGGGCUGCUCACCCCAUGCUCUAGUCCCAGCAUGGCAGGGACAUGAAUGGGUUGGCAAAGGCAAGGAUGGAUGUGGAUAGGCCUAACUGCUGUUAGUUCUGAAUAAUUUGUAAGAGUGUUAUAAAUUUUGUAAACUUUUUAUGUGCUAAACUUUGGUUAUGAGGUAACAUUUAUAAAUAAGGGGUAAUUUGUGUACUUGUUUUCAUAUUUUGCUCUGGUAGGCUUUUUUGUUGUUGUGCCUAAGUCCGUAUCAUUGGACAAAAUUGUUAAACCUUGGCAUUAAAACAAAUAAAUGCAUUUUACUGGA